AUGGCGCGGACGAUGCUGCCGUCUCCCUCGCUUCACGCCACCGUCAAGAGAGAAAUCGAUGUCGCAGAGCCCAGCGCUCACACGCCGGCGCCACCGCCCCGCAAGAAGCGCCGCCGCGGAGGCCGCCUCCCAGUAACCCCGACCCAGCUUCCCCUGAGCCCUCCCCUCCUCACGCCCCAGACCAUCCCGUCGGUGGCAUCAGGGGACGCGUCCGUGGCCGGCUUAACGCCGACGCCCGCGUGCUCCGCCGUCAAGGUCGAGCCCGGCGCGGACGCCGGGGUGGGGGGGCACCGGAGGGCGGCCGGGAAACCGAACGAGUCGCGUGACCCUCGCUCCAUCUCGAGGCCCGCGGCAGCAGAGCCUCCCACCCUCUGGCUUAACCGCCGCCGACUGGGCCAGAUCCUCCACGAGCUCGCGGGAGCGCACCAGUGGCGCGACGCGGCCCGCGUCGUCUCGACGCUCCUCAGCGGCAACCGAAGGCCCGACUCCUACGAGGAGACCCGCAGAAUGUUCGUGGUGGCCAUGGAGAUCCAUAAGCGGCUUGCUAAGGACAGCAGCGUGCAGCACGGCGGCAGGAGCAGCUACUACCUCAGAACGCAGAAGUUGUUCAAUGUUUGGAUGCGAAAGCUGAUUUGGUUUCCUUCUUGCCCAAAAAAAAACUUGGUUACACUUGAACUGGCCCUAUUUUACCUUUCACAAGGCAACAUCGACAAUGCACACAUCGCAACAAGAACCCUUAUCGCCAAGGGCAAACUGCGGAGAGAACCAAUCUUAAAUCUGGUUCAUGGUUUGAUAUCAUUUGAUAAAUGGUACUCUGGCUUGCCUAAAGAUAUGCAAGUUGAGGAUUUUGAUGUUUAUGAUGAAUCAUGUGGUAUUUCCAUGAAGUCAAAUGGUUCUGAAGGAACUGAUCUUCUGGAUAAUUCAGAUGAGAAUAGCAUGGAUAUUGAUGAGUCCAGUUUGGCUUCUUGCUCUUCAGAAAGUUCGAUCAAUAAUGAGAAUAUAGACAGAAAAAUGAAUAACAAACCUGGUUUUGUUCACCCUAAGGAGGAAAUGGAUCCACUUGAAUCACAAGCAAAUGAAAGCUUGCGAAGCAUAUUUUUGAAUACCUCUGAUGGUCCUACUUGUGGAUUGGAGCAGAGCCUUCUGCCUUUAAAGCUAAAGUUUGCUACUGGGGCUUCCAAUGAUUGUUUUGAUAAAUAUAUGAAGUACAAGUCUGUGCCUAAUACCUUAUAUGAAGAUGCAGAAAAAUGUCUAAGAUUGGCUCUUUAUUCAAAUCCGCCGGUGAUGGCUGCGUUAUUACCACUAAUACAGAUUCUCCUCCUUGGUGAUAAACUGAAAGAUGCACUAAAUGAGCUUGAAAAGGCCUGCCUCAGUUCAACUACAGCCCACCCUUUCAGGUUGAGAGGUAGGCUGCUGGAAGAGUAUGACCAAAACCAGGUAUCAGCCAUUUCCUCUUGCUAUGAGGAGGCUUUGAGAAGAGAUCCUACAUGUAGCUACUCCAUGGAGAGGCUAAUCAAAAUGCAUAGAAAAGGAUAUUAUAAUGCCAUCCAAAUACUCGAGGCAAUAGCUUUACAUUUAGAUUCCGUCGAUGGAAAAACCUGCAUCUGGGAAGAGCUUGUAUCAUGUUUCCUUCGGCUUUUUUCUGACAAUACUGCUGACUAUGAGGAUUGCAUAUCAUGUACUAAUACCCAUGGAGAUGAAGCAUUGGAGGUUUCCAGUAAAUUGUCUUCAGUCUUUUUUGAGCGGUUUACCAGAGAAUCAUGGAAGGCCCGAUGCAGAUGGUGGGCACACCAUCAUUUCAGCCAAAAUGCUUAUACAUCAGAAACUCGAUCAGGUGAUUGCAAGCUCCUGGCUGCUAAGGCGGCUUGUGCUGCUCAUUUGUUUGGACCAGAAUUCCCAUAUGUCAAAGCAGUUGGGAGCUAUAUUGCAAAGCAAGAAGCUCUGGAUGAAAUCAGUGUCCUAGUGAGGAAUAAGCAGCACUCUGUCAGGCUAUUAGAAACUUUGGAGAAACUAACAUCAUGA